UAGUAUUUAUGUAUCCUUUGUCCCUACACUUCCAUUCCUUUCGUUUCUUUCCUUUGUAUCUUUCAAUUCCAUAGUUUUGUCUGCAUACUUAAUCGUUGGCAGAGUAACUUACUCAUCCGGAGCGCGCUGCGCUGUCUUGCUUUUCUUGGUCUACUCUGUCCAUCUCGUCAUAGACAAAUCAAUCAAACCCCUCUCGCAACCAACCAUAUCCAUUAAGACGUCAAGAAACAGACGAAGCCAUGGUUGUACAUACUUUCACUCCGCAUAUCGCGAAGUUUGCCAGGUUCUCUCUUGGAAGGUUCACAAAUCGCUGGGCUAAUGAGGAAGAAUUGAAUAAACCUGCGAUUUUGAAAGAGAACAAGAUACCCAAGAAUGUACCAGCCCAAUGGAACGUUCUUAGAUGGCAAUAUCAGAGCGAGUUGUUGAUCGAGAUUAAGAAUAAAGACAUGGAAAAGACAAGACAACAGCAAGCACAAGACGACGUGGCGUUGGGGAUGGCGGACACAACCGCCAAGAUGAAGGGAUUAAUGGGCGACAACCACCUCUGGAUGUGUGCGGUUUGAAGUGCUAGAAUUCGUCUGGGAGAAAAUCGACUGGAUUGUUAUCGACAUAUAUUACACAGAUAAAAGGGUCUGUUUUACACUUGACGAUCAAAAUGCAUUAUAUGGCGUUUUAUUUCGGAUUGGAGGCUUUGUAUGAUACCAAUGGCUUAAGGAAAUCUCGAGUACUCGUCGGAUAGCAUUAGGAGAGGAAAGGAGAAGAGGCAUAAACAUAGGCUACUGGCAGCUUACUUGGGUUUGAAAGAUGAUUUUUCGAUAACGAUAUAAUAUACAAGUUGUCCU